CAAGCUUCACGAACCUAUUCAUUAGGUAGUCCCAAACCUCCAAACACCCAUACGCAAACAAUGGCCGUCGAUACCACUACUACUACCACUACCACUACUACUCCUACCAAAUCAAUACACCUCGCAGACCCCUCCCUCGCGCCCUUCCUCAACCCCACCUUCGACGCCGCAACAUACUUCAACACCGUCCUCCCAACCCUAUCCCUCACCUCCACGACGACCACGACCUCUAAUCGCCAAUCUCAACCUCCUCCCACCACACCCACCGCCUCCCUCGCCGAACUAUCCACCCAAACCCAGACUCUCCUCUCCCAACUCACCGCCCAGACAACCCGCCUCUCCACCAUCCUCACCCAACUCACAGACGAUAUCCUACGCUCCGGCGCCCGUCUCGCAUAUCAAGUCGAGCUCCUGCGCGGCGAAACCAUCAGCUUGACCGACACACUCGCCGGCCCACUCUCCAGCACCAUCGAGACCUUCGUCCCAGGCGGAUUCGCAGCUGCUCAGGAGACCACACCUGAAGCACACCAGCACCAGCCAGAACCCUCGCCAUCCGCACCCAAUUCCCCGCCGGCCAUCGAUACCGACGCCAACGCCACACCCACACCCGCACCCACAUCCGCCCCAAAACCAACCACAGACCCAGAAUACAUAACCUCCCUCCGCACCCUCACCCUCGUGCGCACCCGCCUCGAGUCCGUAAUCCAAACCUUCGGCGACGCCAUGCAAUGGACCCUGCCGCCCUCCUCCAUCAACACCACAUCCUCGCUAAUCUCCGUAUCCGCGCCCGAGCCAGGCUCCUCACACGCCUCAGCGGAGGAAAAGGGCCGGGCGUUUGCCGAGAAACUGCGGAAUGAGAUUGGUGAUCUGGUCGUGCUCGGAGAGGACGGUCGGGGCCAGAAGGAGGGAGAAGCGGGUGGGUAUGAGGCUGCGUUGGUGCGGAUUGAUGGGUUGAGGGAGCUUGCGGGCGUGUGGAAGGGUACGGCGGAGGAGAAGGCUAGGGCGAAGUUUGUGGAGGAUCUGGCGAAGCUGGCAAGGGAGAGGAUGAAGACGUUGGAGGGAGGGGCGGGCAAACAACAGCGGAGAAGGCAGAGUUCUGCGGCGGCGAGACAAGGCACUCAGAGUGGGGGAGGAUUCCUGGACAGUCUGCAGCGGAUGAGGGGCAAUUUCUAGGACCCACUCUCUUGUCGAGACUGGUUUGAUAUAUAGGGGACUGGAGGAUUGUAUAUACAAAAUUACUCCUUCACACUCGCAUCACGCUCAACGUGAUGCGCACAGGCUAGAAUGAGACAAAACACGGCCAUCUAUCC